AUGCAGUUCCUCUACGCCCUUCUUCCCCUCCUUCCCCUCGCAGCCGCCAAUGGCCGAAUCCGCUUCAACUCCUUCGACCAUCCCGGCUGCCAAGGUUUCGAAGAGAACUACGACCUCAACCCCGCUGUGGUGAAGGGAAACUUCCCAGGACCCCGCGGGUCCAUCCAGAUGUUGGUCACGUCUCCUGGGUGCCAUCUUACGCUUUACACCGGCCCCAACCAGUCGCAGACCAACGGCGGCAACCUUAGGAUCGACACUGGCGUGGCGGCUUGCUUCUCGAACCCCAAUGGAUUUGAGGAUUAUCUCAGCUUCGGCUACUACUGCGAUUAG